AUGUCCCAUGCACCAGUCCACCCCGCCCCACCCCCUCCCUCCGCCCCUGCCCCCGCCGCGUGCCCCAUAAAGCACGACGCCCUUGACCCCAACACCCACAUGCCUGCCAACCUGUCUCUUUCCCGCCAGCCCAAUCAGCAGCUCGACCUCCCCGUCGAACGGACUGCAUCUACCAUCCCCCGCCCCGCCUCUGGCUCUCCGGGAGGAGAGGCCUAUGGAACUGGGAACACUUGGGACUACCCAUCACCGCAGCAGUUUUACAAUGCGCUGGUGAGGAAGGGAUGGGAGACGCCGGAGGAUAGUGUGGAAGUUAUGGUAGCAAUCCACAACUUUCUGAACGAGCGGGCUUGGGAAGAAGUGAUGAAGUGGGAGAAGCGGUUGCCGGGCGGUGAGAACACUCAACUGGUCAAGUUCCAAGGGCGACCAGGAGAGCUCAGUCCCAAGGCCAGGUUCCAUCUCUGGGCGGGGCAGCUGUUCCCUUCAAAAUUCAACUCCGAGCCCCCUUUUGAUAGACAUGACUGGGUCGUCAAGCGUACCGUUCCGUCUGCCUCCAACUCGAAUCCCUCAGCCCCCCCAGAAACAUACGACGCCCGCUACGUGAUCGACUAUUACUCUGCCCCUCCCGACGAGGACGGAAACCCCGUUUUCUCGCUCGAUGUGCGUCCGGCACUGGAUAGCUUUGAAGCUGUCAAGCAGAGAGUCGUGGUGGGUGUUGAGGAAUGGUGGAGGGGCCAGGAGGUGGAUUAGGUAUAGUAGGGGCAAGUUGCGUUGCAUUCUAGA